GGUCUUGAUCCUCGCUAUGGCGGUAUCGUUCGGAAUCAAAUCUUGGAUCGAAGGCGGCGUCAUUGGUGCGGUCAUCAUCCUCAACAUCACCAUCGGGUUCUUUCAGGAGUUCAAGGCGGAAAAGACCAUGGACUCCCUUCGGUCCCUGAGCUCUCCCACCGCGAUGACCGUCCGCGCCGGCAAAGCUUCCACCAUUCCCACUGUCGAAGUCGUUCCGGGUGAUCUAGUCGAAGUCAAGACCGGUGAUACGAUCCCCGCUGACCUUCGCCUCCUUGAAGCCGUCAACUUCGAAACCGACGAAGCCCUACUGACCGGCGAGUCGCUCCCCGUCCGUAAAGAAUCCCUUGCGACCUUUGACGUCGAAACCGGCCCCGGAGACCGCCUCAACGUCGCCUACUCUAGCUCCACCGUGACCAAGGGCCGCGCCACCGGCAUCGUCUUCGCCACCGGAAUGUACACGGAAAUCGGAUCCAUCGCGUCCGCACUCAACAAGAAGGAAUCACGCCGCCGACCGGUCAAGCGGAACCAAUCUGGCCAAGCGGGCCCGCAUCGAUAUAUGCAGGCGUACUCGAUGACGGCGUUUGAUGCGGUCGGACGGUUCCUAGGAGUCAAUGUCGGGACGCCGUUGCAGAAGAAGCUCAGUCGGCUUGCGGUGCUACUUUUUGGAACCGCUAUUUUGUGCGCGAUCAUCGUGUUGGCGGCGAAUAAAUUCAGCAAUCGAAAGGAGGUCAUCAUUUAUGCGGUCGCCACCGGCGUGUCGAUGCUUCCGGCCAGCUUGGUCGUGCUUCUGACCAUCACGAUGGCGGCGGGCACGAAGCGAAUGGUCGAGAGGAAUGUGAUUGUUCGAAACUUGCGUUCGUUGGAGGCUCUCGGAGCGGUUACCGACAUCUGCUCUGACAAGACCGGUACGCUGACCCAGGGGAAGAUGGUCACCAAGAAAGUAUGGAUCCCCGCACGUGGCACCUAUUCCGUGGGGGUCUGCAAGGAACCGUUCAACCCCACUGUCGGCGACUUGAGCUUGAAUAAGAGCGAGCCGCGCAAUAUCGAUUUCAAGGGCCUGGACGAGAAAGAUGCCGUCGCCGAACCUGCCGACCACCUGAUCCAAGACAACCCAUACCUUCAAGACUUCCUCAACGUCGCCUCGCUCGCGAAUUUAUCCCAUGUUCACACCAAUGCCGAAGGCGGUUGGACGGCCCGUGGCGAUCCUACGGAGAUCGCGAUGCUGGUUUUCGCCUCGCGGUUCAACUGGGGCCGCGAUCGAUGGACGAAAGGUGCGGAUCCGAAAUGGAAGAGCAUCGCGGAGUUCCCGUUCGACUCGUCCGUCAAGAAAAUGUCCACGCUGUGCACCGAACUCGAAACAGGCGAGCACCACCUCUUCACCAAGGGUGCCGUGGAGCGGAUCAUCGACUCGUGCUCCAAGUGCUUCUGGGAGGAAGGUGCGGAGCCGAUCGACAUGACCGACGAGCUCCGCGAUCACGUCAUCAAGAACAUGGACUCGCUGUCGGCUUUGGGAUUGCGCGUGUUAGCGCUUGCGAGCAAGAAAUGGACCCAACCGGUAGAGAACGUCAUGGAUAUGGACCGCCAGAAGGUCGAGGUCGGCCUCACCUUCCGAGGCCUAGUCGCCAUCUACGAUCCGCCGCGUCCGGAGUCUCGGCCCAGUGUCAGGCAGUGCCAGGAGGCCGGGAUUACCGUCCACAUGCUUACGGGUGAUCAUCCGGGUACCGCUCGCGCCAUCGCUUUGGAGGUGGGAAUCUUGCCAUCGCAUAUGGAGCGGUUGAGUAAGGAGGUGGCGGACGCGAUGAUUAUGACGGCGGCGCAGUUCGAUAAACUUUCGGAUACUGAGGUCGAUGCAUUGCCGACCCUUCCAUUGGUGGUUGCUCGUUGCGCGCCGAAUACGAAGGUGAGGAUGAUCGAGGCGCUGCACCGGAGGAAGAGGUUCUGUGCGAUGACUGGUGACGGUGUCAACGACUCCCCGUCGCUCAAGCGCGCCGAUGUUGGGAUUGCCAUGGGCCAAUCCGGCUCCGACGUCGCCAAAGAUGCUUCCGACAUUGUUCUCACGGACGACAAUUUCGCAUCGAUUCUUAACGCCAUCGAAGAAGGUCGUCGCAUGUUCGACAACAUCCAGCGUUUCGUCCUGCACAUCCUCGCCGAGAACAUCGCGCAAGCCUGCGUCUUGCUCAUCGGCCUCGCCUUCAAAGACGGAAGUAAGCUCUCUGUCUUCCCCAUCUCCCCCGUCGAAGCCCUCUGGAUCAUCAUGGUUACCUCCGGAAUGCCGGACAUGGGUCUCGGAUUCGAAGAGGCUGUCCCGGAAAUCAUGCAGCGUCCCCCGAUGAGCCUGAAAGCCGGCGUCUUUACCCUCGAAGUCAUGCUUGACAUGUUUGUGUACGGCCUCUGGAUUGCGGCCCUCUGCCUUGGCGCUUUCAGCAUCGUGGUCUUCGGUUUCGGCGAUGGCAACCUCGGCGAGAACUGCAACAACGACUACGCCAACGCUCAAGGCGUGCCGGUCUGCGACCUUGUGUUCCGCGGCCGCGCCACCACGUUCGCGUGCCUCACGUGGAACGCGCUCUUCCUCGCGUGGCAGAUGGUCGACAUGCGGCGGUCGUUCUUCCGCAUGCAUCCGGGCAGCAAGCGGCCGUUCACCCAGUGGAUCGUGGACGUGUGGCGGAACAAGUUCCUCUUCUGGGCGAUCAUCAUCGGCUUCGUGACGCUGUUCCCGACACUGUACAUCCCCGUCAUCAACCACAAGGUGUUCCGCCACGAGGGGCUCACGUGGGAAUGGGCGGUCGUGUUCAUCGAGACGUUCCUGUUCUUCAUCGGCGUCGAGAUCUGGCUGUGGUGCAAGCGGGUGUAUUUCCGGCAUGCAGGGAAGGGGGAGACAUUGAGUGGGCAGGACGUCGAGGCGCGGGCAUUCGGGUUGAAUGGGACAGAGAGCACGUCGUCUGGCACGAGCGAUGAGGAGGUACCGGAGGAACAGAACAGUAAGGAUCUACAGAAGAAGGCGACAGAAGCUGAAUGACGCCGGUUGUGUCCAGGGGUGGAAUUUGGGGGGAACAUGGCUAUGGUGAGCAGGGCUAUGGGAACGGAAACGAACAGAACAACCUACGAGGAAGGAAUGAGAUUCAACAUCUGGAAUUCACAGACGGAGGAGACGGUAAAGAUAACGGAAAUGC